AUGGUUCCAGUUUUUUUCGGAAAACACGUUAUCAAGGACAACAACAAAAAAGAAACCAUAAUUGUUAUUGAUUUGAAAGAGUGUUUUUUAAUGAAGGGAGGCGCAAUGUAUUCAAAAAGUGAAAAUGAUCAGCAGUCUUCCAAAGAUCUGAAGAUUUAUGAUCUGGAGCUCCUUGUAAAGGAUCUAAAGGCCAAACUCAAGGAGUACCAUGGUUUAGAAACCAAGCUUGAGCUUGCUAACAGGAAUUCUCGUGUUCUUGAGGAAGAAAAUGUGAAUCUUAUCAUGAGACUUAAGAGCAUCGAAAAUGGAAAAUCGGACCCCAAAAUUUUGCCCACUAACAUAGAAGCUAUGAAACUCAUCACCGAUAAUAAGGAUUUGCGGCAAGCUUUAGAAAAUGCUUUAUUGGAAGUUGAAAAAUCUAAAGAGAAUUUUCAAAGCAUGAUACUUAAAUUCGAAUCUCAGAUACGUCAAAUAACUGAGGAGCGUGAUAUGUUGUUCAAGGAAAACGCUCAUCUUCAAAAGGAGCUUGAGUCUACUAGACGUCAACACUUUGAGCUCAAAAAUGCACUGGAAGAUGAACUUGCGAUUUCAAGAGCUGAAAUAGAUGUGCUUGUUCGAGAAAAAGAACGAUUGACUGAAAAAAACGCCAUUACAACAUCUUCAAUAAAAUUUCCCGAUGGAUCAAGAGGUUCAAAUUCUGAGCCCUGUUCAAGGAUAGAUCCAACUGCGGUUUCCCUGAAAGAACUCCUCUUAAAAGAAGAUGUUCAAGAGCUCGAGGCAAAAUUGAAAGCUUCGGAAGAACGUCUUUGGCAGAAGGAAAAUGAGUGGCUUCUUGCCGAGGCUAAAUUGAGGAGUGAAGUAUCUGCAUUAAGGGAUGGUAAUAGCAAAAAGAUAAACGAUAACGAGAUAUAUCGCACAUUACACGAUCAAAUUUCUACCCUCAAACAAGAGCUUGCCGCAUUUCGAGACAAUCAAACUCCAUUUUGUAGAUAUUUAGAAGCAAGGUAUGCCCACACAGAUCCCGAACUCCUUUCAACUGAAGGUAUACUAAACAGAAUGAAUAGCAGCAAUCCUUCUGUUGCUUCCAUGAUUAAUGAAGCAAAUACUUUGCCAAAAGGACAACUAGUUUUGCAUAAUCGUAUCAAUUCACUCACAAAGGAGCGAGAUGAUCUUCGUGAGAAUUUGGAUAAUUUAAAAACCACUUUACUUCAGCUACAGUCUGACAUCGAAGAGAGAGACGUUCGCUGCAAGAAGCUUGAAGUCAUUCUGGCCACUUCGAAAAAUCCAAACUGCACUAAUAUAUACUCCAGGCCAGAUGAUCCACAAAUAUUAGAUUGCGAAUUUCCGAGGAAAAGCGAGCAUUUGACACGAAGUUCAGAGGUCUCACAGGAGGAUGAGGUGACAGUGCUGAAAGAAGAGCUAAAACAGCUCCGAAGCCAAGUAAAUGAUCUGCAUGCUAUUCAAGAGCAAAAAGAUGCAAUACAUAAUGUUCGCUUAACAGAAUACCAAAAUCAAAUAGCAGAGCUUCUUGAUGAAAACGAUAGUCUUUGUCAGAGACUGAAUCGCUCUUCUUGUGAAAAAGGACUUUCAAAUAAUGAUCAAGAUUAUCUUGAGUCUGUGCUGGCUUUCGUAAGGGAUAAGCGAGAAUCGAUUGAUGACAUUAUGUGUCAGCUUGAGGACGCGUGGGCUAAGGAGGAAGAAGCAUCACGCCAAAUAAGGGAAUUUAACAAGCAAGACAUAGCAAUGGCUGGAUAUGAUGCAAUGAAGGAAGGGGACAUACACCACCUGCAAAGAACUAUUGUUGAUCUUGAAAAUCAGCUGCUCACUGAACAGGGCAAUCAUGAUCUAAUAGAUGAGCUGAAAGGUGAACUUGCUCAAAAAAAUGAUGAACUAUUGUUUUUGAGUGGCAAAAUUAACAUUCUAAGCGAAGAUCUCGACGAUGCAAAAAGAAACGCGCGGGGAAGCAGUAGAAGUUUAGAAAGGGAGAGGGAAAUUUCCAAGAGAAGUUCGCGUGAUGCGAGAAGUGUAUCUGCACGAGGGAGGUCGCACAAUGCGAGAAGUGUAUCUGCAAGAGGGAGGUCGCACGAUGCGAGUAGUGUAUCUAUAAGAAGGAAGUCGCGCAGUGCGAGAAGUGUCUCUGUAGGGAGAGGGUCACGAUCAAAUGCGCGCGAUACUAGAAUUAGUGCUCUUGAGCAACAACUUGUUGAAACUCGAAGUGAAAUAGACCGUAUGUACUCACGCAUCUCGAGGCCCUCUCGGCGCAGUAUGCCUGUAAGCAAUCGGGCCACCACCAUCAAUUCUCAAGUGCGAACACCUGAAGAAAUUAUCUUGUCAUCCAACCGUGUUCACUCUCCUGAGGGAACUAGCAAAAUUGCAAUUCUAGAAGGUGCACAUCUUGCUAUUACAAUCGUUGAAUUAUCAAAUUUAAUGUGCAAGGGAUGCCUUAUUACCGAGCCUGGAAGUGUCGUUAUCAAGCUCAAAUCAAUCAAAGAAAAGUAUAAGACAUCUGUUAGAGAAUUAAAGACAACAAUCCCAUUUGAUGAAACGUUUCAAUUUUUUCUUGCUAAACCUGAUCAGGACGUCAUUACUUUGCAUGUUUUUUAUAAGACGAAGCGUAACUCGUAUGUGUAUCACAUAGGUGAUGUGUGUUUUUCAAUGGCGACACUCUACCGGGGUGUUCCACGUCGCCGCAUUGCUCCUGUGGUACAAUACCCUGGUACUGCUAACGCGUGCCGAGCAGCAAGUAUUGAGGUUGUUUUACAAACUAAUGAUUUUGGAAGGAUGUAUCAUCCAUCCGAUACUGAACUAGCGGAAGAAGCACUCCGGUUUAAUGAUCUGGCCCAAAGGUUUGAAAGAACUGUCCCCGAAAAGCUCCAUGCAGUGGAUGUUUACAUGGCUUCCACGACACUUUUGUAG